UGUGUGUGUGUGUGUGUGUGUUACAGAGUCAGGUGAGGACCCAGCAGCCUAUGACAUCCUGGCUAACCCCCCAGGCCCGGGAGAGGAGGACGACACGAGGCAGGGCUUUGAGUUUGAGUUUUCUGACCGACCCCUCCUGCCCUGCUACAACAUUCAGCUCUCCCUCUCACAGGGUCCCAGAAACUGGCUGCUCCUAUCAGACGUCCUGAAGAGACUCAGAAUGUCCUCCAGGGCGUUCAGGGCAGCCUUUGCCCAUCUGGAGGUAGCAACCAUCGCCGAGGCAGAGUUCUACAAGCAGGCGUCACUGUCGCAGCUCUUCUCGUGCCCCGACGAGCUCGCCGCCUUCCUCCCCGACAGCAAGGAGCUGCUGGACCUGGUUGAGACCAGCUCGGAGCUGGCUGCGCUGCUGGGCUCCUCGCUAGAGUGUUUGGACAGCCGAUGGGAGCCCAAAGGGGCCCGGGUCAAAGCUAAAGCCCGCUCGUGACCCUGAGAUACACACACAGAGGGUGACUCUCAAUAAGAUCUACUUUCUCCUGAAGUGGACACUCCUUCACUAGUUCCCACAAAUCUGGUGCAGUUAUUUGGCUAGUGGUAGUUUUCCACCAUGUUUCUUAUACCAGUCCUUUCUUUUCAAAUCGGUGAAGGGAAGUGAACACUUUGGGAGGAAGGCGAGAGUAUUGGGACGUAGCCAACACACACACAUGCUCCAUGUGUACGUUCCUCUGCCCUGUGAGGACUGGAUGUUGAAUACUGGACAGUAUCCCUUCAAAGAGGAAACAGACCCCAGCGCCACACAAACUGCAUUUUUAAAUAAAUAUAUUAUGUGUACAUUAACAGCCAAUUUUAUUUGUUUUAUAUAUAUAUAUAUAUAUAUAUAUAUAUAUAUAUAUAUAUAUAUAUAUAUAUCAAUACUGUAUAUCUGCUGCUUUGGUUGUCAUGUUGUGGUCAGGUUGUGGGUUUUGACACUGUUUGGGUUGACUAGGCUAGUGAACAGGUCAUUGUUUGACUUUGGAUCAUGGCAGUGCACUUGAUUUGAGCUUUACCGACCCAUUGGACUUUGACAGAUAUAUAUAUAUAGAGGUGAACUGUGACAAAAACAUUUUAGCACUCAUGGCUCAUCCCAAAGAUUUGGGGAUUUUAUUUUCAACAUUGUCUAAAAACCUAGCUUUAUUUGUCUCUUAUUUAUGACAAUGAGGAAUUCAGAUAUUUGAUGUGGGUUUUUUGUAAAAUAUGAAUGUAAAAUACUACAAGACAUUUCAAUUGAAGAGUGAGAUUCAUGCUUGAACUUGUAAAUAAGAUGACCAUUUCAGUAACUGUUUUUCUGACUGGGGUGUUUGAUUUGUUUGUUUUGGCAAUGUAAGUGUUUAAACUUUGUAAUUAAAUACACUAUUAUUUGUAUUUAUAUUUUACAAAAAAAAAUAUUUAAAUAAAUCGCAAUACAAGUUAA